AUGUUUGUCUGUCUGUCUAUCUCUUUAUCUUAUUCUGUUCAUCUAUCUAUCUAUCUAUCUAUCUAUCUAUCUAUCUAUCUAUCUAGGGGCACCUCGAUGCGGUCUACGCUUGGAAAAUCACUAUCUAUCUAUCUAUCUAUCUAUCUAUGUUAUUCUGUUCCUAUGUCUGUCUGUCUGACUGUCUGUCUCUAUCUAUCUCAGUCUGUUCAUUAUCUAUCUAUCUAUCUAUCUAUCUAUCUAUCUAUCUAUCUGCAUAUUCACUAUGCAUCGUAUUAUGUUCAUCUAUCUGCAUAUAUUGUAUUGUUUUCAUCUAUCUAUCUACCUAUUUAUCUUUAUCUAUAUAUAUAUAUAUAUAUAUAUAUCUUUUUCUGUUCAUGUUUCUAUCUCUAUCUUAUUCUGUUCAUAUCUCUUUCUCUCUAUCUAUAUAUCACUGUCUGUUCAUAUCUAUCUAUCUAUCUAUCUAUCUAUCUAUCUAUCUAUCUAUCUAUUUGUGUGUGUUUAUAG